AUGAAGUGUACUGCYGAGUUACCUAAUCCAAACGAAGAGAAGAUGAGCGGCCAUUGUGUUUUGUUAAAAGUGACAGGAAAGCAGAGUUGUUCAGCUGUCCCAUCAACUACUGCUCCUCCAGUAACUUCGACUUCUUCGACCACCACGAUACAAUCUCCAUCUUCUUCAACCCCAUCAACAUCCUCUUUGACGAGUUCAACAACGACGCAACCACGCAAUGUAGAUACAACGACAACUAGCAAUAAUGAACAAAAACACUCGACCGGCACGCAACAAACAACGACAACCAGCAGUGAACGAGCAACGACAGCAAGCAACAAUGAAGGAACAACAACAAACAGAAUAACAGCAACCGAAAAGCCUACAACAAAUCCAUCGUCACGCGAGUCUUCUACAUCGCAAACCAUAAUGCAUACUUCUUCGACGAUUCGAGGCCUAACUGAAACUGUAGUGGAAUCUACGACUUCUGAGUAUAUAACAGACUCACCCAAUAACAUAGGAGGGGYAAAUGACGAUUCCGAGGACAACAGUGGUGUYGCAUUCAUUGGGGGUGUCGCCGGUGCAGCUGUUGUACUAGUAAUUAUUGUAGUUCUACUGAUUGCUAUAUUUCUAGGAAGAGAAAACAGGUAA